GGUUCAUCCGAGUAGCAUCGCCCGCUCCUCCCCCAAGCCCUAGACCCUCCUCUCUCCAGAGUCUCCAGCAGUGACCUCAGCAGCAGCAGCAUGCGCGAGUGCAUCUCCAUCCACGUGGGACAGGCGGGCUGCCAGACGGGCAACGCCUGCUGGGAGCUGUACUGCCUGGAGCACGGCAUCCAGCCCGACGGCCAGAUGCCGUCCGACAAGACGGUGGGCGGCGGCGACGACUCGUUCAACACCUUCUUCAGCGAGACCGGCGCCGGCAAGCACGUCCCCCGCGCCGUGUUCAUGGACCUGGAGCCCACCGUCGUAGACGAGGUGCGCACGGGCACGUACCGCCAGCUGUUCCACCCGGAGCAGCUCAUCACGGGCAAGGAGGACGCCGCCAACAACUACGCCCGCGGCCACUACACCGUCGGCAAGGAGAUCGUCGACCUGGUGCUGGACCGCGUCCGCAAGCUGGCCGACAUGUGCACCGGGCUGCAGGGCUUCCUGCUCUUCCACUCGUUCGGCGGCGGCACCGGCUCCGGCUUCACGUCCCUGCUCAUGGAACGCCUGUCCGUGGACUACGGCAAGAAGUCCAAGCUCGAGUUCGCAGUGUACCCGGCGCCACAGAUCUCCACCGCCGUCGUGGAGCCGUACAACUCGAUCCUGACGACGCACACCACGCUGGAGCACUCGGACUGCUGCUUCAUGGUGGACAACGAGGCCAUCUACGACGUGUGCCGCCGCAACCUGGACAUCGAGCGGCCGACCUACACCAACCUUAACCGGCUCAUCGGCCAGAUCGUGUCGUCCAUCACGGCCUCGCUGCGCUUCGACGGCGCCCUCAACGUCGACCUGACCGAGUUCCAGACCAACCUAGUGCCGUACCCGCGCAUCCACUUCCCGCUCGUCACGUACGCGCCGGUCAUCUCGGCCGAGAAGGCGUACCACGAGCAGCUGACCGUGGCCGAGAUCUCGAACGCGUGCUUCGAGCCGGCCAACCAGAUGGUGAAGUGCGACCCGCGCCACGGCAAGUACAUGGCCUGCUGCAUGCUGUUCCGCGGUGACGUGGUGCCCAAGGACGUGAACAACGCCAUCGCCGCCAUCAAGGCCAAGAAGCACAUCCAGUUCGUGGACUGGUGCCCGACGGGCUUCAAGGUGGGCAUCAACUACCAGCCGCCGACCGUGGUGCCCGGCGGCGACCUGGCCAAGGUGCAGCGCGCCGUCUGCAUGCUGUCCAACACGACGGCCAUCGCCGAGGCGUGGGCGCGGCUCAACCACAAGUUCGACCUCAUGUUCGCCAAGCGCGCCUUCGUGCACUGGUACGUCGGCGAGGGCAUGGAAGAGGGCGAGUUCUCCGAGGCGCGCGAGGAUCUGGCCGCCCUGGAGAAGGACUACGAGGAGGUCGGCAUGGACUCGGUGGAAGGGGAGGGCGAGGAGGAGUGAGCUCCACGGCCUUGCACUGGCCUCGCCCGGUCACCGGAGCGAUUGAUGUUUUAUCACCUGACGACAGAAGAGUGUCUCGUUUAUUGUUCAUUAGUGUUCAUGGUUUCUGCAGUGUCUUUGCACCAUUCUUGGUCUAAGAUUGGUUUUUGUGUCUUGUGUCUUUGAAACAACUUUUCCUAGUAGUUAGGAAAUAUCAUUAUAGUUGCUUGUAUCUUAUCUUGUAAGUUAAGUUUAACUUAUCAAUGAUUGAAUAGGUCACAUGUGGAGAUGAAUUAUACACACCAGCUUUGUUUAUAA